AUGCUUCUCUGCGUUAUAAUAUUGUUCGUGUGUACUGUAUGUGAAGGGAAUUCCACAGAACAGUGCCCGAAUGUGAAGACGUCCUUCGGUGCUCUGAGGAAACGACGGCAUUUAGUGUUCCCUGAUUCCACCAAUAUUGUGCUCACUAUAUCCCUGGUCAAAGCGUUCAUGACCCACGCUCCGUCUGGUUGGAACAUAGCUCUAGAAAUCGACGUACUGUUUCCGCUGCCAGAUGAGAAAUUCCUGAACGAGCACAGAAGAAAAAAAAACCACAGACAAAAAAGGGAGUUCUGGGAACGACUGGAAAAUGCUAUAGAUUUGCAUAAUCUGAACGGGCGUGCUUGUAUCCUGAGAAGUAUUUGUGAGAGCGAACGCCACCUUGCCCCACCAGGAAAGUCUUUAGUUCACGAUUUAUUGAGAGCUAUAUUUUCAUCGCCAAUAGAAAAUGAAGAAUUCAUAAACGAAGUUGGAGACACAUACAGAGAAAUGCUUGAGCCAAAGUUUUGUGAUCAUCGUUAUGAUUGUCCAUUUUCCAUCCUCAGUUUUGUACUUGCAUUGGGUAAACAGAAAUAA